GGCGCCGCCAGGGGGCACUGUGGGCGGUGGCGGUAACGGCCGCGGGGGCCGCGGUGGCGGGAGCGGUGCUCGGGCCCGGCUGCGUGCUUUUGCCCUCCCCGCUCCUGAGGGGCGGCCGUGGCCUCCCGCCCGUCGGGCCCCGUCUGUUGGCGGCCCUCGACGCCCGGCUGCAGUUGGGGUGAAGAAGAAGAAGAAGAAGAAGAAGGAGGAGGAGGAACAGGAGCGGGCCGGAGUGAGGAAACGCUGCGAGAAGCCAUGUCUGCGCCCGCCGGGCUGCCGCCGCGGCCCGCCGGUGCCGCCGCCGCCGUUUACUCGGGUGGGCCCGGCGGCUCCCGGGAGGCCGCGUCUCCCCGGAGCGGCGCGCCUCGCUACCAGAACGGUCCUGUGCAGAGUCACAUGCAGUUCCCCUCUGGCUAUGACUCGCAUCCUCCAAACUAUAGUGCGCCUUCAGGACACUAUUCCCAAGUGCCCAAUAAAGCUGCUGCUUCACAUUUGGAUAAUCAGUAUAGAGCUAAUUACUACCCUACUUACUAUUCAGCACCAGCACAAAAUGUUAUGACGCCUUCUGUGGGUACCAAUGUGUUGAAUACACAGGAAUCGCAGCAGCUGUACAACAGUACUCCUCCCCAUACAGUGGGGUCAGCUGAGGGACCUAUUCAAGGAGCAAUAUCAUCUGCAUCCUACUUGCAUACAAGUGCUCAGCAGUCAUAUGCAGCAUUUGGUAAUCACUACAGCACUUCUGUGAGCUCUUCAGUUACAUCUCAGGGAUUUCCCCUUAAUUCUGAUCACUACACCAUGCACGUGGCUCCUAGUGCCGUGUAUCCUAAUGUUUCCUAUCCUCCUGUGGCUGCUGGCAGUGUGUACGGGCAGGCGUUUACCUCUCAGAGCCUACCUGCUCCUGGACAGUUCAAAGAGACAAAUACGUUUUCUAGUCAGAGUACAUCAGUACCUCGUUCACUUCAACAGCAUGUUCCCGUGGGAUAUAGUACGACAUUAUCAACUACUUCAUCUGCUCAGUCUGUUCAAGACAACCUCAGCAGGAAUCUCACUGGAUCAGUUUCUAAAGUAAACAACCAAAUAAAUACAGGUGGUGUUGAUUCUUCACAGCCUGCGCAUUCUGUGAGCCAGAGCGUUCUGUUCACCAAGCCUGGGGCUGGAACAUCUGCUUCCUCUCCUGUGAUCUCAUCAGUAAGGACACCUGCUCCAAGCCUUUCUUCACAGCCACAGUCUUCACCUUCUGUUACACAGUCACCAGAGCCGGCCCUUCAGGAAGGCAUGCAGUAUGGUGGAUAUGUUAAUAAUCAAGCUAGCUCUGCACCAGCUCCCUUGUCAUCAAGUUCAGAUGAUGAGGAAGAGGAUGAGGAGGAUGAGGAAGCAGCAAUUGAUAGUUCCUCUACUACAAGCAGUGCCUCUCCUGUUCUGAAUAAUUACGAUGCCCUGGAAGGAGGUGGCUAUCCAGAGACACGUUCUGUGACCAGCAGCCCAGUUCCUACUCCCUCAGCCCCACAAACACCAAAAGCUUCUAAGCCUUUUGGUUAUGGAUAUCCAACACUGCAGCCUGGCUACCAAAAUGCAGCACCACCUACUCCUGUGCAGCCCAGUAAUCCAGGACACCAUCCUGGGUUUCAGCAUUAUACACAGCAAUAUCCAAGUGUGAACCAGCUGUCCUCUUCCAUAGGAGGGUUAAGUCUACAGCAUAGUCAGCAGCCAGAAAGCUUGAGACCAGUAAACCUUACACAAGAUAGAAAUAUUUUGCCUGUAUCUUCAGUUCCAGCACCUGUGCCUAACUUGAAUUCUGAUCUUAGGAAAUUAAACUGCAGUCCAGAUUCAUUUCGAUGUACAUUGACAAAUAUUCCACAGACACAGGCUUUGUUAAACAAAGCUAAACUUCCUUUAGGUUUGUUGCUACAUCCCUUCAGAGACCUAACGCAAUUACCAGUAAUAACAUCAAGUACAAUAGUGAGAUGCAGAUCCUGCAGGACAUAUAUCAACCCUUUUGUUUCUUUCAUUGAUCAAAGGAGGUGGAAAUGCAAUCUGUGCUAUAGAGUUAAUGAUGUUCCUGAAGAAUUUAUGUAUAAUCCUCUGACACGAUCUUAUGGAGAGCCUCACAAACGGCCAGAGGUCCAAAAUUCUACAGUGGAAUUCAUUGCUUCCUCAGACUAUAUGCUUCGUCCUCCUCAGCCUGCGGUAUAUUUAUUUGUUUUAGAUGUGUCUCAUAAUGCAGUGGAGGCUGGAUAUUUGACAAUAGUCUGCCAGUCAUUGCUGGAAAACCUAGACAAGCUGCCUGGAGACUCGAGGACAAGGAUAGGGUUCAUAACAUUUGACAGCACUGUUCAGUUUUACAACUUGCAAGAAGGUUUAUCGCAGCCUCAGAUGCUGAUUGUCUCAGAUAUCGAUGAUAUUUUCCUACCUACACCAGAUAGUUUACUUGUAAAUCUCCAUGAAAGCAAAGAGCUCAUAAAAGAUCUGUUGAAUGCAUUACCAAAUAUGUUCACCAAUACAAGAGAAACACACAGUGCGCUGGGCCCCGCUCUUCAGGCUGCAUUUAAAUUGAUGUCUCCAACGGGUGGUCGGAUAUCUGUGUUUCAGACUCAGUUACCAUCUUUGGGAGCAGGGCUUUUGCAUUCCAGAGAAGAUCCCAAUCAAAGGUCAAGCACAAAGGUGGUCCAGCAUCUUGGUCCAGCAACGGAUUUUUAUAAGAAGUUGGCACUGGACUGUUCAGGCCAGCAGACUGCUGUGGAUUUAUUUCUCUUAAGUUCACAAUAUUCUGAUCUAGCUUCUCUUGCUUGCAUGUCCAAGUAUUCUGCUGGGUGCAUCUAUUACUAUCCAUCUUUCCAUCGUAGCCAUAAUCCUGCUCAGGCCGAAAAGUUGCAAAAAGACCUUAAAAGAUACCUUACAAGAAAGAUUGGAUUUGAAGCAGUUAUGCGCAUAAGAUGCACAAAAGGUCUUUCAAUACACACUUUUCAUGGGAACUUUUUUGUACGAUCUACUGAUUUAUUGUCCCUUGCCAAUGUCAAUCCUGAUGCUGGAUUUGCAGUACAAAUGUCCAUUGAGGAAAGUCUGACUGACACAUCUUUGGUUUGUUUUCAAACAGCUCUUUUGUAUACUUCCAGCAAAGGUGAACGUCGAAUUCGAGUGCACACACUUUGCUUACCUGUAGUAAGUUCACUGGCUGAUGUAUAUGCAGGAGCAGAUGUACAAGCAGUUGUAUGUCUCUUAGCAAACAUGGCUGUGGAUCGCUCAGUUUCAUCUAGUCUUUCAGAUGCAAGAGAUGCCUUAGUUAAUGCCGUGGUAGAUUCCUUGGCAGCAUAUAUGUCAACUGUCUCGAAUCUGCAGCAGUCCAUGCUAAUAGCACCAAAUUCUCUCAAGCUAUUUCCACUGUAUGUUUUGGCCCUUCUCAAACAGAAAGCAUUUAGAACAGGCACAAGUACACGCUUGGAUGAUCGUGUAUAUGCAAUGUGCCAGAUGAAGAGCCAGCCUCUUGUUCAUUUGAUGAAAAUGAUACAUCCCAACUUGUACAGGAUAGACAAGUUGAUUGAUGAGAGUACAAUACACGUAAAUGACAGAGUUGUUCCACAGCCACCUCUUCAGAAGCUGUCUGCAGAGAAGUUGACAAGAGAAGGAGCUUUUCUAAUGGAUUGUGGCUCAAUUUUUUACAUUUGGAUUGGAAAAAACUGUGAUAACAACUUCAUAAAAGAUGUCCUUGGAUACCCAAACUAUGCAUCAGUACCACAGAAAAUGACACAGCUUCCUGAAGUAGAUGCACUUUCUUCAGAAAGGACACGAUCUUUUAUAUCUUGGCUUAGAGACAGUAGACCUUUAAGUCCAGUUCUUCAUGUAAUAAAAGAUGAGAACCCUGCCAAAACAGAUUUUUUUCAGCAUUUAAUUGAGGAUCGGACAGAAGCAGCUUUCUCAUAUUAUGAAUUCUUACUUAAUAUUCAACAGCAGAUCUGUAAGUGAACAAGGAAUAAAAAGAAGAAAAAUCCUGACUUCAGAUAGAAGCAUGGGCCCAGAGAAGCGUAAGGGAAGUCGCAAAAAGUGGAUGCUUGUUCUUCAAAGAAUAUACAGUGACCAGCACUGUUUUGGAAGCUUUACAGCUAAAGAAGUAUACAUUUCCAAAAGAAUUUUGCAGAUUUACUUCAGUCUAAAAGUGGUAGGAGUGAUGAAGCUGUUUCACUAGUAAACUUUAAAUUGGUUUGUACACGUUUCCAGUUGUGCAGCGGUAUGGUGCUCUGUUUAUUGCAAGCUGGUGAAUUUAUGUAGCUAUGUGGGAUAUUUCUUAACGAAAUGUACAAUUAGGUAAAGCCUUUUUUCUUACAUUUAUUAUAGUAGCCCUUCCAGAUCCAAAUUCUUAACAGAGAUGUCAAAGGGCAGUGAUGUAUGUUGGUUGUUUAUAUCAAUUUCUUUUUAAAAGGAAUGAUUAAUACUUACUAAAGACUUCAGCGAAUUCCCUCUGAAAGUUGUAGAAUUUCAGUAAAGUACAAAAAUUGUAGAAAUAAAAUAUAUAAUGUACAUAAGUAUUAAAUUUGUAAAGAAAAUGUAAAAAAUGUAACUAAAAAAAAAAGACUUAGCUCAGUGUGCAGAGGUAUUGAGUGCUCAACGAUGAAUUGUUCCGUCCCAGGCUAGACAAUGAAGUUGACUAUUAAAACAUGCUAAAAAAAGUAUCCGUGUAGAAGGAACACAGCUGCUUCUUCUGUUAAUUUUAGGUGAAUUUAUUUAUGAUUGGCUUACUAAUUAAAAAUAUUUUGCUUUAUCAUGUGUUUUUAUAUUUAUGCAAGUAUAAUCUUUUUGCAACUAAACUCUUACUGAACUGAAUAUUGAAGAGAACAUGUUUACUGCUUUAUUUCACAGACCUCUGGAAGGGAGGAGAAAGCACUGCAUAGUCUGAAAUGAGCUAUUGAUAUGAAGUUCCUAAAACAGUUCUUAUGUAUUAUCCUAAAGAAGGCAUAUCUGUUAGCCUCGUUUUACGUUUUGUAAACUAUUGUAGUCUUGGUCCGGGUUUCUGUAACUUGUGUCGUCUGCCAUUUAGAGUAAGCAUGGGUAAUCACUCACAGUUGAUGAUUUGAUUUCUGCUGUGAUCUAAUGAAAAAAAAAAAAAAGAGGGGGUGUAAAAAUUAAUUACCUUACAUCAAUGGAAGUAAAGGCUUUAAAAUGUCAAAAUUCAAAAUGUAAUCACACUGUUGCAUCUCUUUGAAACCUUGUUCUUAGUAAUGUUUUGGUAACUCAAUGGUUUGGGCUUUUUGAUAGAUUUAUCACAGAUUUUUAAAUUUGGUUGUUAAGUUGGGAUGGUUUUGGUUUGGGUUUUUUUUUUUUUUUUGAGGCACAUUAGAAAUAAUUCAUAAUGCACAAUCACUCAUACUUAGCAUUCUGAACUUUAUUUAAUUAAGUGCAAAAAGUAGAUGAUGAUUAGUAUGAUUACAUUUUAUCAUAAAGUAGCCUUGAAAAUGCUAAUACUGCAUUUUGACUGCCAUAGCCCCAGAAUCAUAGUCAAGAAAAAAAUGUACUAGCUUUGGUUUGCAAAUGCUUUAAAAGCUACACUAAUUAAAUUCUGCUAGUGGUGUUAUUCUGCAUGUUAGCACAAAGUCAUUGUUUGGAGAAGAUACCUUAUAAGUUAUAUUUGUGUGUUGUCCUUAACUAAAUGUGUUUAAGUUACCCAAAGAUUACUUAAGAGAAACUUUCCAUUUAGCAAAUUAAUUUAUCAUGUAAUAAAUGUCUGAGGCGAUGUCUGAAUGUUGUCCCUAAAUCAGACCUUCUUGAUUUCAGUACUUGUUUGUAGAUUUAUUCGCAUUGGGUGAAAGCUAAGUGCUGCUGAAGUGGGGCAUAAUUUGUAAUUGCAGAGAUGAAAAGAGCAUAUUACAAUUUUAAAUGCCCCAUGAUAGAUGCUUCUGACUUAUGAGCUUGGUAUUGAAUAUCUGGGAACAUACUAUGCCAUGAUUAAUUGCAACAUAUUCUGUAAAACCGUUACUUAAAGCUUUAUUCUUCUAUGGUUUUUGUAUAUAAAAAUUAUGAAAAAUACAUCUUGAGAGCUAUUUCUUCAGUAAAAUAAUUACACGGCACAGAGAAUCUACUUAUUUUUUUACCAGUUAUAGAGCACGUCUCCAUUCUGACUGAUCUUUGGUUUAAACUUUUAGAAGACAGUCUCAUAGAAAUAGCUUGAAUUUGAAACAUCUCAGGAUUUGGGGUAUUGAUUUUAGUGUGUUGAACAACAGAAUAUCUGUAUGCAUGGUAAAACUAUCUAAAACACAGGUUUGUUUAUGAUGGUUUGGAUCACACCACCGUACCAGAGGAUACACAGCAAAAGAUUAAUCCCUACCAAGGGAUGCACUCUGAAACUCAACAAGGUUUUUGCCUACUUUGGUUUGGGAGGAGAGGUGAGAGGCAUG